CCUGGCAACCACAGAUUACGGGAUGGGCGAGGAAACCGCGACUGAAUCUGUUGUUAUAGCUUUGGUUUAAUGUAAAAAAUAAUGUGACGUGAAUGUCACCGUAUUAGCAACACCACAUAAAGUACUUAUUUGAAGACAAACAGGCAGUAAAAAUGGGCCGUAAAAAAGUGUACUGCGCACUUUGCAAUCUGUCCGAAGAGACGAAGAUAACCGGAGCCUUGUCGACGAAAGACGAAGUUACCGCUCAUCAAAACUGUUUGUUAUUUUCUUCCGGUAUCUGUUGCCGGAAUUCGCCAGAGUUUGACGACCUGUUUGGUUUCUCCGUGGACGAUGUGUUAGAUGAAGUGAAAAGAGGCCACAAACUGCCUUGCUACUUUUGUAAGAAGAAGGGUGCCACUGCUGGGUGUGAAGUCAAACGCUGCAAGAAGUCCUACCAUUACCCGUGUGCUCUUAAAGAUGGAGCCCGGACGAUUGAGGAGCCAGACAUCGGGUGCUAUGGGCUGUACUGCUUAAAACACUAUAACAAGCUGAAAAAUAACGACAGUUCUGUGAAUGGGACCUCCAAUGAUGAGACGAAAGCUGGACCAUCAAAGGUAUAUUGCCUAACUUGUGAGAAGAUAGAAGGAAAGAUCAGCUUGGACAAUCUAUCUAAUAGCAUCACUAUGCGAUAUUGCGACAAACAUGCUCCUCCAUCAUACAAGAAGAAAAUCAACCGUGAUUCUGCAGUAGCUGGUCCAUCUGGGCACAACAGUGACAGCAACUCAUCCAGCAGUGUGUCGCGCAGCUCUUCCAAGAGACCAUUGACUAAGUGUGACAAGCAGGAGGAAACCCCCUCUAAACGUAAAUGUGAAACCUUGAAUGGGAUAAUAACGGAGGAUUCUUCAGAUUCAGAUGACAAUAAAACUGACAUAGAAAUGGAUAUAUUCGCCCCUUUAGAGUCUGAUUUAGAUGAAAGUGCAAACAGUGCUCCAAAGCACCAGCCUGUCAGAAAUGAUGCUGAGAGCACCGUUGGAUCCACUUCAGGAAAUCAAGCGGAGGAUGAGAGCAGAGAUACAAAUAAAGAUGAAGAUGAACCAGUCUUAUACACUGAUGCUGAGUCGCAGAGUCUGCUGCUUCCUGUGAAGAUCCGCUUUGAGUCUUCACCACUUCCAUCGGUAAAGCCUCAACCCUCGUCUCCGACCGUAUCAGCUACACAACCCAAAGAUAUUGUGGCAAAUGUAGAUGAAGUCAAGACAGCACAUGCAGAGUGCUGUCCAGUCCAAAGUCCUGGUCAGCCUACCAAUGGAGCCUCCGUCCCAGAGCAGCAGAGCUCCCCAGACCCCGCUCCGUCUCCUGACCAGGAUCGACCUGCCAGUGUUACUGGGUCGCCUCCAUGCACCAGCUCGGCCGAUACCCCGGCUCCACCUGAAACCAUGCGUGUGUCCCUUCUCUCCUCCUCCUCUUGCUCUCCCACAGCACAUACCACAAACCCUCAGCACGGCAUCGACGCCACCAGCUUCUGGAAAAGCUGCAAUGCAGCCAGGUGCACUCAGGCUAUCUUUACUGAUUUCAAUAAUGUCAUGAACGAAAUCUCCAGCAGAAUCUUGUCAGACCAGGCCAGCCAGGAAGAUUAUGAUCUUGCUCUGUCAGUGAUGGCAGUUUCUGGGAAACUGACAGAGCUCGUGGCCAAGCAGCAGGGAGAGCUACAAAGGAAACUAGUGGAACUGCAGCAGGCAGAGGCAGCUAUGAAAGAUGUCGUCUCAGCACUGAGGAAAUGAGUCUGUAAGCAGCUACAGUAAAAAAUGUGGAUAUCUGAUUUUACAGUUUACUUACUAUGUUUUUUUAAAAUCUGUGAGUCCCAGUGCAGUUUUAUAUUUCAAGUUGGUCCUAUUUUUUAUAUUUCAUGAAAACUGUAUAUUUAUAUUUUUAUUGAUAAUUCUUAAAAAGCUGUGACAGUAACAGGACUGGACGGGACAAACUUUGUUGAAUGUGUUUCGUAUCCAACUAUAUGAGUAAAACCAAGUUUGCUUUCAUAUUGGAGCUGCUGAAAUAUACAGUAGAUUACAUUCUGAAAGUAUUUAAUUUAACAAUACAGAGAGAUGAGAAAGCUCUGAAAAUCAUAUCAGUCAUCAGAUCAGAACGUCCUUGAGCAUCUUGGGAAAUAUUUCUAACAAAUGGUAUUGUGAAAGAGUGGAAUGCGUAAGACAAGCAGUGUUGAAAUGAUGAGAACCAAGUAAGCUACAGUAAAGAAAUCACUACUAAUCAGCUGGAAUUUUUUACGCCGUUUGAUGCAUAACGAAACCAAACGUCUUCCUUCCAUUCUGUAUUUUUGAUAAAGAUGUUUUUUUUCUACCUUCUGGUUUACUCAUGCAAAGAAACAGCCAUUAUGGUACUGACCCGUCAAACGUGAUUAUGCUUUCUGUGAUGGUUACAUUAAAAUUGUCAUCUUUUCCA